AUGGCUCCUACAGGUAACAACAAACCGUAUUUUGUGUGGGAGGAGGAGUUAAUCGAAUCACUGAAGAUGUCCGAAAGUUCGUGGGAAGAUACUCUGGCUCGAUUCAACAAUUCUGUUGCUCCUGACCGGCAGCGAACUCUGGGAGGAUUAAAGGCCAAGUUCACACAAAUACAACAAACACGGAACGCUGCCACAGAGAGUGAUGUGGUAGAGGUGAGUCAUUCGAUGGGAUUCAUUAUUUUGGUGCUGACAUGCAUUUAUAUCGAGGCCGAUAUUAACUCGGACACCACGCUUGAGUCAACUCGCGAAGGCACUCCUGAAGAACCUCCGUUAGACGCUUCUGGAACUGAGACCGACGAUUCCCCAGUAAAUGCAAGCUGCGAGUGGACUACUGAUGGGUUGGAUGCCGCACUCUCUGAACCAACCGAUUCUGAUGCACUUGAUCAGAACAUCAGGCUUCCAUCGACCGAGGUCAUCUUCAAAUAUGACGUUUUCCGUCCCUCCGGUGAAUUCAAUGAGGACUUUUACCUGCAAGUGGUUGAGGAUGCUGCAGGUGGUGUUCAGGCUAUGAGGCUCUCCAAUGCAUCGGUCAUUUGA